AUGGAAAACAAACAAGCUUACAGGGCUUGGAAUUUAUUCGGAAAAUUUUUGGGAAUGAAAUUUCAAUGCCGAUUUCCAUCUCUGCAAAAUCGGUUGAAUGCAGUUGCAGAUGGGCGUAAUAUUUACAGCGGUUUACAAUUAGAAGAUUCAUCAAAGAAACAUUUGAAAACAUUACAAGAGUUGAGUUGUUGGUGGAAUCAUGAUGACUAA